AUGUCUGACUCAACAGUCAAGCGCGUCAAGGUCUCAAAGCCAGAAAAGAAAAAGGCUCAACCAGCAACAUCCACAACAACCACGGCAACUAUCACCCCACCAACACCAGAAGACGCUCUGAUCGAUAUCCCUGCCAUCAAAAAGAAGAAGGAGCGUCGAGUCAAGACCGACGCCGACAUUGCCGCCAAGCAGGAGCGCAAACGUCUCCGCAAAGAGACCGAAUUAGCGAAAUCUGCUACGGCAAAUACCAAGGCUGCCAGCGGUCCCCGCAAACCUACCGCCCAGAACAAGACUCCUAAAUGGAAGCAGUUCUUGAAGAACUCGUCCGAGGCCGACAACGCGGAGCAAUUGAAGGACACCUCCUACAAAGUCAAGGGCGAUGACGGAUCAGGAGACGAGGACAGCGACAGCGAUAGCAGUGAUGACGACAAGAAAAAGACCAAGAAGCGGAAAGCAGAUAAACAAUCGACUAAGGACGCUUCCAAAAAGCCAAAGCAGGACGAUGCUCAACUUCCUGAAUCGGACGCAGCAGCCCCAGGACUGGCGUACUUGGUGGAGUGGAAGAAGGCCAGGGAAACAUGGAAGUUCCAAAAGCUCCGUCAGGUCUGGCUUAUCAACCACAUGUACGAUGACAAGCAAUUGCCCGAUUCUCACUGGAGCCUUUUCUUGGAGUACAUUCACGACCUGAAGGGUGCUGCUAGAAAUUCUGCGAUUGCGGAUGCCAAAAAGAUUGUGGAGGCUCCCGAGUCCGAGGAUGAGGAGGAGAAAGAGAAGGAAGAGAAGGAAGAGACCAAGAAGACAGAGGAGAAUGAGGACCAGGAGAUGAAGGAUGGCAGCAUAGAGUCAGAAGAGACGUCGACGAUUCCAUUGACGGAGGAAGAGAGAGCAGCAGAGGAGGCGUCGAAGGCAGCAAAGGUCGAGGCCAAGCGGGCAGCUGUGGUCAAGUCAUCCCGUGCCCUUGCAGUCCUUCGCGUCCUUGCAUAA